AAACAAUACUAUGAUCUUACUUUUUAUUUUAUUUCAAACUUUAUUUGUAUUGUAGUCAGUAAAAAAUAAUUCUAAUAUGGCUGCACAUUGUUUUGAUCCUAACAAUAAAGCCAGUUGGUAUUUUGGACAAAUGUCACGUAUUGAAGCUUCUGAUUUAUUAAUGGGUGAACGAGAAUGUGGAACAUUUUUAAUUAGAGAUAGUCUUAGUAUUCAAGGAGACUAUGUCUUAUGUGUGAGAGAAGAUAGCAAAGUUAGUCAUUACAUUAUCAAUAAAAUACAAGAAAAUAAUGAAAUAAAAUAUCGAAUUGGUGAUCAGAUGUUUGCGGAUUUGCCUAGUUUAUUAGCAUUUUAUAAAUUACAUUACCUCGAUACUACUCCUCUUUUGAAACCCGCUGUUAAACCAAUAGAAAAAGUUGUUGCCAAGUAUGACUUUGUUGGAAAUGAUCAAGAUGAUCUACCAUUUAGAAAAGGAGAUAUUUUAACAAUUCUUGUAAAAGACGAAGAACAAUGGUGGACUGCUAAAAAUAUAAUGGGUCAAAUGGGUUCUAUUCCAGUUCCAUAUGUACAAAAAUAUGAAGGAAAUCCAACAUUACCAACAAAAGAUAAUAAUCAAAUUCCUGGAUCUAAUAAUGAGUCGACAUUAAGACGGUCUAGUCUUCAAAAAAAAUUACCAGCUCUUGCUAGAGUUAAACAAGUUCGUGUACCAAACGCCUAUGACAAGACAGCAUUAAAACUUGAAAUUGGAGAUAUAAUCAAAGUAACAAAAACUAAUAUUAAUGGUCAAUGGGAAGGAGAACUAAAUGGUAAAACUGGGCAUUUUCCAUUUACUCAUGUAGAGUUUGUGGAUUCUGAAAUGAAUGAUUGUAUAAGUGACAGUUAAUUGCUUCUCAAUUUUCUUAGUUAUUAUUUGAUUAUUUUUAAAAUAAGUGAUGCUAAUGGCAACUAACUAGAUAGAUUAAUACAGAUAUAUUUUAUUAUAAUGAAUCUUUGUAUGUUAAUUCAUUAAGAUAGAGAUUUAUCUACUUAAUUGAAAUAAAUCAAGUAUACAUGUAUCAGACAACUUCAUUAUGUAAAGAAAUAUUGAAUUAAUUGUAAAGUAUACCUUUAUUGCAUUA